UGGGAAGCAGAAUAUAAUCGUGGGAUUUCUACAGCUGCAAGAUAAAAAGGCUUCGUAACAUUUCUAUAUAUGUAUUUCCAACACAUUUUUUCUCAAGUUAAUAAGGAAAAAGGUAAAUUAUCAACAUCCUGAUGUUCUCCAUUUUGUGUUUGUUUCUCUCUGUGGUUUGGUCCGUAAUGGGACAAUGUCCACCGGCCGAAGACAUCGCCCCUCACUGCAUAUGCAAGGACCUUGGAGACGGUCCUAUGUUGCUGUGCGAAAAAAUCAUGUCAGCCGAACAACUCAUCCCCAUCAUUAAAUCGACAGACACGUACCCUAUGUUUGCCUUGACUCUCAUGGAUUCCACUCUUCUCUACAUUCCCAGUAAUUUGUUUAAAAAUACUAAAUAUGAAAAAAUCCGCUUCGUCAACACUCAGUUGAUGUCUUUAUCGGACGGAGACCUGGCGUUCGAAGGACUCGAGGACCUUUUGGAGGAAAUCCGUGCGACGGAUGCCCAUUACAUCACCCAGUGGGAUUGGUCCCAGCUGAGGAACCAGCGGGCACUCCGGCUCAUUGAUGUGAACCUCAUCGAACUGCACACCCUCGACCAGGAAUUUCCCGCCCUCGAGUCCCUGAGGACUCUCGGUAUCAGCAAGGCCGAUAUAUCUUUCAUCCACCCUACAGCCUUCAGCAGUCUCAAGAAUUUGGAACUUCUGAUUCUGAGGGACAACUCAAUCUCUGAUCUGUCCAGAUCCAUGUUCCCGUCUCCUUCUAACCACUUGACUAUCAUCAAUUUGAGUAAUAAUCAGCUGAGCUCGUUGCCGGAUGGUUUGUUUGACAACAUGCCUAAUUUAAGCGACUUGGAUCUGAGUUAUAACAAAUUCGCAGCUCUGAGUGAAGAAGCAUUUUUAUGGCCUUUGGAACACCUGCAAACGCUUACUUUGACAGGUAACCCAAUCCGCUGUGACUGUCGCAUGAGAUGGAUUGUGGACGUUAAGAAACCGAUGUAUUUCCAGGCCUAUUGUUCGCAGCCAGAUAAUUUGAAAGACGUGUCUCUGGAUUAUAUCACUAAAAAAAGUUUAUGGUGCUGAAAGUUUAAGUUAAAACUUGAAGCAGAACGGAAUGGGAUAUUUAUGAUUUAUAGUGAAUAUUAACAGAUACAAAAAAAAAAAAAAACAAUAAAUUUUCAAAAGUUUGA